CGAUUGCACUAAUGGAGCAUAUUCAAUACAAGCUGCAAGAAGAAUACGAUAUUUACACGAUAUGAGUUGAUAACUGACCCCAACCAGAGAAAAGGCUGCAGUUAUUGAAAGAUACAAGAGCAAAUCGAAUAAAAAAAAGUGAUAUAAAAAUUCCCGAAACAGAAAAGAAAAAGCCUAAAAACAACUUGCCAAAACUGAAGCGAAAAUCCCCGAAACCUACUAAAACCAAGGUGAAAUCUCAGCGAAUCCAAAAGACCAAGUUGAGAAUCAAGCAGAAUCGAUCAGCAAGAGAGAUUCAGAAAGUGCAACAAAAGUCCAAGGCAAGCUUGCAGAGCAAAGUUCAAGUAAAACCUAAGAACAAUAUGAAGCAGGAUCUCCAGCUUUCUACUCAAAAGAGGAAGAAGGCCAAUAGGAGUGAGAAUCGGAAGGAAUCUCCCCAGAGAAAGCUUAAGCCUGAACAAUCCCCUGGCCCUUAUGAGUCCUCUAAAUAAGUUGGAUACCCAAUCCGAGUCAGCCUCUGAGUCAUUCUCGGAACAUUCCUUGCAAUCAAUAAAUGAGGAAGAGGACUCUAAAGCAGAGAGUAACUCUCCAAGACAAAAUAUGAAGAAGAGGAGUUUUACAAACCUUAGGUUCGAGUUCCAGCCUGACAUCAUGGUCGAGUCUCCUCGGAAAGACGAAAUUCCUAUUAAAAAUCCUCCUGUUCCACAGAAAAGUCCUGAAAGGAAGGGCUCUCCAGAGAAUGCUUACUUAAAUAUAAACACAGGAAAUUUUAAGAAGCUUAACACUCUAUCUUACAGACAUAAUAAGCAAGCAAAGAAGAGUCCUGAUAAGUCCUCUAUCAAGAAGAGCAGUACUAGAACUUCAAAGUGGAGUCAAUUAUUUAAAAACAGUCAAAAAGGAGGUAAGAAAUCACCUGGAAGAACUAAAACCAUUGAAAGGAAGUUUACGAUGUCCUCCUCUAUCUCAUCCAUCAGGUGCAAUAGCAAGAAUAGAGGGAGUCAGAAGGUAUCGAUUAAUGUCAAGAAAAACAUUGGAAGGAAAUCGUCCCUGAACCCAUCCGCAUUUAGUAAGAAGAACUUGACGAAAUAAAGAAAGAUUUAAAGCUCUUAAUUUGAAUAUUACAAACAAAGGCAAGAGUAGUUCAGCCAAGUUUACUUCACUGAAAUUUUCAGAACGGAAGGCAAGCAAACCUAGGAACAAGAAGAUAGAGCUUGAUCCAUCCCUUGAACGAUCACUCGAGAGAAUUUCUAAAAAUGAUAUAUUGGCAUCAAGCAUAAGUAAGCAUAACGAUCCCACUAUUGGGAAAAUAUUAUCGAGAAGGACAGAAAUGGACAGUGGGGUUUCUCAUGAAGAUCUCCAACUUAUUGGAGACUUAAAAGACUCAAUCCACGAGCAUGCAUCUCCUUGCAAUGGAUCCACACUAUCUAUCGAUAAGAAAACGCUCAAGUUGGCAGACUCAAUCAUCAAGAAGAAGAUUUUAGAAAAUAACAUCUAUCCAAACCAAUCAAUCAUAAAGACUUAUGGGUCACAAAAGACGGCUAAAUACGGAAUUAGCAUGUAUAAUCCCUCUAUUAACUAUGAAACACUCAAGAAGUUCUUCUCAGUGAAACUAGUCAAGUCCAACAAGGAAAUACUUAACAGAGUCGGAGCUGGCGAAAAGGGGAAAACUGUAUCUCGAUGGAAAGAAGAGUUCCAACUCAUAAAAACACCAAAGAAGUUUUUAGACAAAAGAAGUGGGAGAUCGGGAUCCACAAGAAAGUCGAUAAAUACAUCAGCAGGAACUCUGCAAAAUAAUAGAAUGUAUAUGAGCUCGACUCAAAAUAAGAAUAUGUUUAAGAUUAAGCCACAGUGUAUUAACCAGAGAAGUGAAUCUACAAAUUUUCCUCCUAUCCAUGGAUCUCAGACAUCGAUCAAAUGGAAUCCUUCCAAAGAUAAUGGGCUCAGGAUUUCCUUAGACUCAACUCCCUAUUUAGUAUCUCCAAAUCCUGCAAGGAAUGAGCAGUCAGGCUCGAUUGGGGCAUUUCCAAUGAGAUCCUCAGGAUUUGACUCGAUCAGAAAAGAGCUAAAGAAGCUCCCAAAAGAAAACGGUAGCAAGUACGACCAUCCUAUGGACCCAUCCAAGCAGAAUGGCCCUAGGACUGUCAAGAUAAACAAGAAAUAAGCUCACUAAUUUAAGUUCUAUUAAGAAGAAUAAUUUUAUCUCAAAAGUAUACGACACACAGGGAACCCAGAACUCGAGACACUCAAUAGACUUCAUCCAGAUGAACAAACAAGCGAGUGGAAGGAACGUCAGUAAGAACAGCUAUGAAAAGAAAUUAGAGAUGAAUAUCAGUAGGGUUCAGUUACCAAAGAUUUAGCCUUAAGUAGUCCAACCUAUCUAAUUAAUAAUAUUAAUUCAGUCAUUUG